CAAAUUUCUCCUCUUUAGUACUUGUCUGUGCAUGCUUUAAAAGCUCGAAACCCAGAAACACAAAACCAAAAAAAAGAUAGCUCUUUGCUGAAGUUGUUUUCUUGGAUUCAAUCUAAAAGAGAGAGUUUUUGUUUUGAUGGGACCUGUCAAAACGAUAAAGAAGAAGAAGAGAGCGGAGAAGAAGGUUGAUCGGAACGUUUUGCUUGCUGCUGCUGCUGCUGCUUCCUCCGCCUCCGCCGCUGCUCUUAAUAGCGAGGACGAUGACUCAUCAUCUCAGUCCGUGGAUUGGUGGGAUGGAUUCUCUCGCCGUAUUUCUGGGUCGUCGGAUCCAAAGACAUUUGAGUCAGUUUUCAAAAUAUCAAGGAAGACAUUUGACUACAUUUGCUCUCUUGUGAAAGACGAUUUCACAGCAAAGCCUGCAAAUUUCAGUGACUCAAAUGGGAAACCUUUAUCUCUCAAUGACCGUGUAGCCGUUGCUCUUAGGAGGCUUGGCUCUGGCGAAUCUCUCUCAGUCAUUGGAGAGACUUUUGGGAUGAACCAGUCAACAGUCUCCCAAAUCACUUGGCGCUUUGUCGAAUCAAUGGAGGAGAGAGCAAUGCACCAUCUCCAAUGGCCUUCGAAACUCGAUGAAAUAAAAUCAAAGUUUGAGAAAAUCUCAGGUCUUCCUAAUUGCUGUGGCGCAAUCGACAUUACACAUAUAGUUAUGAACCUUCCUGCUGUGGAACCGUCAAACAAAGUUUGGUUGGACGGAGAAAAGAACUUCAGCAUGAUAUUGCAGGCCGUAGUGGACCCUGACAUGAGAUUUCUCGAUGUAAUUGCUGGUUGGCCUGGAAGUUUAAGCGAUGAUGUCGUCCUAAAGAACUCGGGAUUCUACAAACUAGUUGAGAAAGGGAAAAGACUGAACGGGGAAAAGUUGCAUCUCUCAGAAAGAACUGAGCUAAGAGAAUACAUAAUAGGGGAUUCUGGUUUUCCUCUUCUUCCCUGGCUUCUCACUCCAUACCAAGGCAAACCCUUGUCGCUGCCUCAAACCGAGUUCAACAAAAGACACUCGGAGGCAAGAAAAGCCGCGCAGAUGGCAAUGUCGAGGCUUAAAGACAGGUGGAGGAUAAUAAACGGGGUGAUGUGGAUGCCUGAUAGAAACCGGUUACCGCGGAUAAUCUUUGUCUGUUGCUUGCUGCACAACAUUCUUAUCGAUAUGGGUGACCAAACUUUGGAUGAUCAAAAUUUGUCUCACCAACAUGACAUGAAUUACAGGCAACGAAGCUGCAAGCUUGCCGAUGAGGCUUCAUCGGUCUUGAGAGAUGGACUCUCUGAUAAAUUGUGGGGGAAAAACUCUUCAGCGUGAUUACUCUCUGCCCCUCCCCCCGUUCGUCUGGUCUUUCUGUAAAAGCUUCAUUUGCUUCUGUUUCCUUCGGGUAAUUUUGUUUUGCAACAUUUUUUGUUUGAUCUAUUAAAAAAUAUUGGCGUAUUCUUUUGAGACAACUAAAAUGUGUAAUCUAUAAAUGUUAUGUUUAAUUUCUUCCUAAGCUAUUACUGUAUAUCUUUAUAUU